AUGAUUUUGAAGUCCCAGGAUCGUUAUCUACGGUACAUGGAUGCACAGAAGCAUCUGAACACGACGCUGACCGAUCACCAUUCAGGCUGUGUGGCUAUGGAAAAUGCAUUUUUGUCCGGCCAACCCUCGGCUGGUUUAGGAACUUUCACAACAAUGCCUGGCCCAUCUGAUUUCGGUAUGGUGGCUGCACUGCCACAGUUUGAUUUCAACUGGCAGAAUUUAUGUCCUCCUACAUAUGAUGCACCAACAGGCCAAGCCAAUGUUAGCAUUGAAGAAGUGCCUUUCGGAUAUCGGCCCCAAACCUCUCUUUACGCUGCACCUGAAGGUUUCUCGACUCCGAAGGGCUACCCUGCUAGUUCAAAUGAGGAAAGUUUGCCUGCACUUCCCAGCAGUGAGUUGGAAAUGAUGAUUCAGCCAGGUGAUGAGGACUUCAUAGAAGCCUUAUUGAAUUGGAAAGACGAUGAACCAAUCAACCUAAGCUUUAACUACAACGAUAUUCGAGAUUGCUUGAGAUAA